GCGAGCGCGACCAUUCCAAAACUUUGGAGGGAAACCGCCGCCACCAAAACCCCCCAAAAAACCUUCCCCACUUCUUCGAAAAUGAGGCGCCGAAACCUAGUCAUCUCCUCCGACUCCGACGAAGAAGACGACGGGGCCACUAUCGCCUCCGUCUCCGCUGCGACUGGCGGCGGCGGAAGCGUCGACCGGCCGUCGUCUCAAAACCCUAGCCAGGUUCCCUACCCAUUGCCGUCCUCGGCACCCCCCUCCCCUCCCGUCGAGAUCUCCGAUGACGAGGAGGAGGUCGAUGAGAUCGAGGACCCGGACGAGGACUACCCCUUCGUAGACGUCGCCUACGAGAUGCAGGACUCCGACGUGGAGGACACCUUCGUCGACGUCCCCGACGACCUCUCCCCACCGGCUCCGGUUCCACCUCAACAUCCUCCGGGCCGAACUUCACCUUCAGCUCCCGUUCCCGCAUCGGCUCCUCCGUUCCGAACCCCAACCCCAACCCCGCCUCCAGCUCCAGCUCCGGCACCCGCACCUCCGUUCCGAACCCCAACCCCAACCCCGCCUCCAGCUCCAGCUCCGGCACCCGCACCUCCGUUCCGAACCCCAACCCCAACCCCGCCUCCAGCUCCAGCUCCGGCAUCCGCUCCUCCGUUCCAAACCCCAACCCCGCCUGCAUCCGCUCCUCCGUUCAGAACCCCAACCCCAACCCCAGCCGCUCCUCCGUUCCCAACCCCAACACCAACCCCACCUCUCGCUCCCCCGUCCGCUCCUCUGGGCCGAACACCAACGCCAACCCCACCUUCCGCGCCGGCGUUCUCUCCUAUGGCCCGAACGCCAACACCAACUCCACCGUCCGGUGCUGCUCCUGCUCUUCGGGGUCGAACCGCAACUCCAACUCCACCCCCAGCCUGGACCCCAACUCCGACCCCACUCACGGCCUCGACCCCGCCGUCUGCACUGAGUGCGCGGCUGCGUCCGGUGGAUGCGUUCCUGCGGCGGCUUGGGCUGCGUGUGCGGCCUGAGUGGCUGGAACUGUGCGCCACAGAGAUUCCCGAGUUCAACGGUUCCAGCGGCACAGAAGUGCUGGCCAGACGGUGCUUUGAGCAGUUCCUCUUUGCCGACAUGAAUGCCUGCGGUGCUGGUGUGCUCCCACAGGGUAUUAGAUCAAUGAACGCUGCUAUCCUCGAUGGGCCAUUUGUGCUGCAGGUUGAUGAAAUUGUCAACAUAUCAGCUCCUCUAAGGGAAAGAUAUCAUGGUGCUAAUGCUGGGCCCAAAAGAUGUUUAAAAUUAUCAAUGACAGAUGGCAGCCAACGCAUAUAUGGAAUGGAGUACAGGCCUAUCAAAGACCUGGAAGUUCUCACUCCUGCUGGUUUUAAGAUUAUUAUAAGGAAUGUACACAUAAGGAGGGGACUUCUUAUGCUAGUCCCUGAGGUUAUUGAGAUUCUUGGUGGGGUAGUUGAUGAAUUGGAAGCAGCACGUGACAGACUUGUUUCUGAAGUUAAUAAACCACCUCGUGGCAAAAGGAAGCAAGGUGGAUUACUUUUGUCCACCAGAGCCACCCAAGCUGCCUGGCGAUGUAAUAUCAGCAUUACAAAUGGUAGCGAGCAAGGGGUAUCAGUGCCAAGAACAGUAAACCCCUCUAAUACAACAGCAGGAUUAGGUAAUAUCUCUCAAGUUCGUAUAACUACAGAAACAAUGGUAGAAGGGCGUAUUAACCCCCCUGUUUUAGUAAAUGUUCUCCAACAAAAUCAGCAUUCUCAAGAAUUCAGCAUGCAGGACCGAUCUACUUCUCUUACAAGGAACGAUGUAGGAGUUUCAGCACCUGCUACCUAUAGAUAUGAGCCCCAACCGAGCAUUAGCAGAACUACAUCAACUUUGGCAGAAGGAUAUCUUGAGCAUCCUAUUGUGUCAAACAGUGUCCAUGAACAAAUGCAACGCGUUCAGGAAAUUACCAUGCAGGACCGAGGUGCUGCAUCUACCCGGAACAGGGGAGAACCGUCUGCAUCUACUCCUUGUGGAAAUGGUUCCCAACAAGGGCCACAUGGGACUGGUACUAGUAGUAAUGGUGCAGCGCGGUCUUCAAAUGUUGAUAACAAGAUUGAACGUCCUGUCAUUUUAAGUGGUGAAAAUGAGAAGCCUUUUACAUACGCUUUCAACAUGAUGUCAGAUUGGCUCAUAGAACAGGACACAAGACCAUAUAUUCGAGGAAAAAUAAAGGGUUUCAUCACUUCUGUCAAACGAUUUCAAUAUAAGCAAUGCAAAGAAUAUGAGCUUAUUGUUUUCAUAGAGGAUGGAAGUCAUAUUUCAGAGGCCCUUGUUGACAGUGCUAUUUUAGAGAACAUAACUGGUUACACCUCUGAGGAGGCUACGGUUACUCUUCUUGACGCAAGCUCAGCAUCAGCCAUUGCUUUGAAACAAAUUAUGAUUGGGUUCCAGCAAUAUUUGGUGAAGUUUGAGGGUACAAUGCUUAUUGAGUUCAACAAAACGUCAUCUAUUCCCAUUGUGCGUGAGAUGAAUGAAGGUUGUUCGAGUUCUGAUCCAUGGCUCCUACUUCAGAGGGUGAAAACAUUUUCUGAUCAAAGGCACAUCCGAAGUUUGGACUUUAUGGAUAUCACUUCGUGAUUAUAUUCAUCCUUUCUGCACCGCCAAAGCAAAAGCUUUACACAUAAGCGGCACUUGGUUCGUCCUUUUUAGGUAUGUCAAUUCAAUGAUCCAAUCGAAGAAGCGGCCAGGCUUAAAUGUACGAUUGAUAGAGCGCACUGACAAGCCGUUCUAAUCGAAGAAGCGGCCAGGCUUAAAUGUACGAUUGAUAGAGCGCACUGACAAGCCGUUCUAAUCGAAGAAGCAGCCGGGCUUAAACGUGGAACUGGUUAGCGCAGUCGCGACAACCCGUGUGAAAGUUCUAUUCGAUAUAUGUCUGGUAUGAAACUGCUGUUCAGAAUUGGAGGUUCCCGCGGGCUGUAUAUCGCUCAAGUAUGAUACCUCCUACGCGGGGAGAAAAAAAAAUUGUCCUCUGAUUUUUUUUGGCACUUUCUAGCGUUUAGGUUUUUGUGUGUGUUUGUGAUGUCGUAGUUCGUUCAACAGCACCUGAAACCUGGAUGCUUUAAGCCACGUUUCUUUCCUAGCCGGGUGAGGAUAUAGAAACUUCAUCUCUAAUUGGCGGAUGUUUGCUUAGACGCAAACUGGCGGUCGGAUUUCCUUUGCCAUUUUUGGCUUGCUGGCUUUUAAUUUUUAUUUUUGAACUUUUACCUUUUA